UAUUAUUAUUAUUAUUAUACUUAUUUAUCAUAUAUAAAUGUUUAUUUAUAUCUUCAUAAACAGGCUGCAGCGAGGGGAGUCCCCGUGUCGAGUGUGAUAUAUGACUCUUUUCGAGCUUUACACGUGAAGAAGGAUGGAACUUACACCGAUAAGAAGUCUGAAAGAAUCGAUGUGGAGGUACAAGAAAUUGCUGCAGAGAUGGGCCAAUCUAAUCCUGAUACGCCCGUGGAUAUGAACAAGAUUUAUCUAGAUGUCUUGGGAGGCGGUUUAGAUAAAAAGCAAAGAUUGUUCGGCACAGGUAGUCUCGCAUCGACCUUGAAGACCAAUAUAUCGGGAGAGAGUAGUACUUCAGCUAUGUCCGACAUUGACAAAGAGCAGUAUGCCACUCGCUUAGGAGAUGUAGAGGAGCAGCUUCAAGCGGAGCGAGAAAGGACAUCCCGAUUAGAAGAACAUGUUAAAGUUGCAAUGGAGAUUAUCAAGCAGUUGCAAGGGCAAUCAAGCAGUGCCACUAGCCAUCCAAAUCCACCAUCACAUGUUCCAUGAUUAUACAUGUGUUUUGAUUUUGAUAUCGACUAUCUCUAGGUGCUUGGUUUUGAAAUACUUGUUAGAUAUGUGAUUUUUAAACUAUUUUGGUUUGUGACUACUAUUUCUAGUUGUUUGGUUUUGAAAUACUUGUUAGAUACGUGAUUUCUAAACUAUCUUGGUUUAUGACUAUUUUGGUUU